AUCGGUAGUCGAGUGCGUCGGCGCGCGGCAGGCACUUCAUCACCAUGGCUGACUCGGACAACGAAAGCUACGACUCGUCGUCACCGCGGAGCUCGUCUUAUGACGACUGGACCAAGGAACCGCUUGUUGGGGAAAAGUUGUGUGUGUACUUGUUGCACUGGGACAAAGCAACGCAAGACCUCCCAGAUAUCUUUGACACGACGCUUAUCAAGCCCAAGGACCCCACGACGAUCUACCGCUGCGUGUCGGAGUGCGUGAUUCAUUACCAUAGUACGACGUUGACACGAGCGCAGUUCGAGCUCGAGUAUGGCAUGCCGCCUCGUUCCCGCGACGAAGAAAUCAUGCGGUUACGACACGCCAUGCUGGCACAGUAUCUGACCGAAGUGGAAAUGGACCGCAAGAAGAGGCAUGCAUUGAACCAAGACGACAUGCACGAAGUCGAUGAGACGGCGGCGCUCCGAACGGCCGACAUGAGUCCACUGGAUCGACUCAAAUACGUGACAUCGUUGUGGCCGACGAACAUGCCCAACUUUCCCGACACGGAGGACAGCCUCAAUUACUAUGGCUUUCAAGUUGGGAUUUACAUCGACACCAACGACGAGACCAAGGACGAGACGAGCGCCGCCAGUACACACAACCAAGACGAAACCACCAAGGCCGCCGACCCGAACGAGAACGACCACGACACCAUCGACACACCCCUCGACGACGCCCACCAGCCAGAAGCCAACUCCAGCAAACAACCGCUCAUGAAAGCAGCCCCGGCGGCGCCCGUCAAAGAGGAGAACUGGGUCCAGUGUGACAAGUGCCAAAAGUGGAGAAAGCUGCCAGACUCUGUGGAUGUGUCGGCACUGCCCACGACGUGGUACUGCCGAAUGAACAAGUGGAGUCGGAAAUUCAACAAAUGUUCGGCGGUGGAAGAGACGACAACGGCACCCGCGGCGUCGCACGGAGGAUCGGACAUGCACAGCAUUCGCGAGCGCAAGUUUGUGCAUCAGUUUGCGCAGCGGUUGAAGCGCAUGGAGAAGGCGCUGGGGGAGCUCAAGUACGCCGACAUGAAGGAGGACCUGGGCGAGCGGCAGCAUGUGUCGUGCGUCGAGUGCGGCAAGAAGCGCCCGCUCUUGGGUGGCAUGGACCCGAUCAAAGUUCCCCAGGUAACGACCACCUCGCGGCGAUGUGGUGUGGGACGUCGAUUGGUUAUAUGUCGUAGCCGUUUGUGUGUUGGAUGAAUCGGUGGGAUGAGAUCCACGCGAGCUGUUCCGCCCCGCAAGGCGUGCUGUUUGAGCGCGGGACGACAGACACACCCGCGGCGACUGCUGCCGCCGCCGCCUCUGGGGGAGCAGCAGCUGUCGACAAGAAGUCCCUCAAACAGCCCAGACGAACUAGCCAUGCCCGUUCCAACCAUCGAAGCACCAAACCAAAGAAGAAGGCGGCGACGGCAGAGCCCCUGGACGUGGCCGCGCCGCCACCUCCGCUGUAUUCAUCGACUUCUGAAGAAGAAAUAGCACCCAAGAAGCCCCGUCGAGACGACAUGGCGUCCACAACAAGAAAGAAGUAGGAAACCCAUGGAUCGUGGCUAAAUUUAUAUAAUUGCUGCAAAAGAUCUCCUAUGUACUUGGGGUCUCGUUGUGGAUUCAACCAAAUAGUAACUGGAAAAGUCGACAGACACCAUCCUGAUAUGCUAGUUUUCUACAGAAUGUACUUGGUCAAGUCGGUUUGCUUGAGUAUGUCCUUGAGAUGCGCUUGGACGUAGCUCUUGUCAAUGACCACAUCCGUGCCCGCGAGCGCUGGCGCGUGGAACGACAUGUGCUCGGUGAUCUUGCUCACGACCGUGGCCAGCCGCCGCGCGCCAAUGUUGUCCGUCUGGCUGUUGACCUUGGCGGAUACGUGCGCGAUCUCGUGGACGGCGUCGGGGGUAAACGUCACCGCCACCCGCUCCGUAUCCAUGAGGGCGCGGACUUGGUCGAGGAGAUUGAACUGCAAUGUGCAAAUAUGUGCAAUGUGGAUGGUUCAUCAUCGAGUCAUACACUCCAAGAAAGGACAACAAUGCAUACCUGGGUCUCGG